GCUGCAGUGGGAAGCUGGAACCUGACCACUCACGAACCACCUUGUCCCCCAAGACGGUUUAGAUCUGGCAGACUGGCCCCCUGGACCCCUUCACAAACACAUCCACGACGUCUCAUCGUCUGCUCUCUGCUCCCAACAAGCGGUCUGCCGGUCCGAGUCUCUGGAGUCCGCUUCGAGCGGGUACUGUGUAGGCUGCAAUGCCACCAUAUCGCCCGGAUCGUCACUUUCUCGCCGGGGUCAUGGACAUCCCCGGACGACUUGACCGGAUGCCUUCCGCAAGACGGUCUGCCGGGACCUACAGAGCCACCAGACUGCAGAGUUGACAGCUGA